AUGGCCACGCUAGAGACGCUGCCCGUCCUCAGUGACCCAGCCUACCCCAACCCGGAGAACUUCCACGGCUUCGCCCCCCAGUAUUCCCAGACAAUCCCCAAGAGCGCCAUGGGGAGCGUGGGCAGCGGAGUGGCCAACGACCAGGAGUUCGCCAUGAAGAGCGUGGGCACCCGGACACAGAGCAGCGGCCGGCAGGCAGAGGGGCCCCGCAAUGGCUACUCCACGCGGGAGAUCUCCAACCGCUACUCCGGCGAGGAGAAGACCUACAAGUCAGAGAAAGUCUCCAACUCUCUCUACAUCAACGGCGACCUGCGCAAGAGCGAGAAGGUGAAGAUGGACAUCUGCGGCAACGUAACCACCAACAACGAGAAGAACCUGCCACCACCUCCCCAGUACCGGGAGCCCAGUAACCCACCAAAGAUUUUGCCAAUCUCCGGCAAACUAGACCAGAGCAAUGAGCCCUUAGUUAGACCCUCAGCCUUUAAACCAGUAGUUCCUAAAAACUUCCAUUCCAUGCAGAACCUCUGCCCACCGCAGAGCAACGGGAUGGCAGAGAACAGAAAGAGCUUGAACCAUGCCAACAGCAAUAGCCCAUCCGCACCCAAGGGUGGACUCGACAAGAGCAGCCUUAACAGGACUACAAACCAAGGGGGGGGGCUCUCGGAUUCAGGCCGUAACUCGCUAACGAGCCUGCCCACCUAUGGGACGGGCUACAGCCAGCACGUGGGCCCCAUGAGCGCCUCCACAAGCCACAUCAACCGCAUCGGGACCACCUACGUGGAGAAGAACAUCGUGGGAUACAACGGGAUAUCUACCUCAGACAGCGGGCGGUCCUCGAGCAAGAGCACCUCGUCCUUCAGCAGACUCAACCAUCUCAAUGAAACAAUGCCUUUCCACUCGCCCUCGACAGAUGACAUCAUCCAGGACCUGGAGGACCGGCUGUGGGAGAAGGAGCAGGAGGUGCUCCAGAUGCGGAGGAACUUGGACAAAAGCGAGGCGGCUAUCUUCCAGGUGUUCGAGGAGAAGCAGAAGAUCUGGGAGAGGGAAAUGGAGGACCUGAGGCAGAACUAUGCCAACAAGUUGCAGCAGGUCUCCAAAAAGGCGCAGCGGGCUCAGCAGGCUCUGCAGCUCCAAAUCUUCAAGCUCCAGCAGGAGAAAAAAAAACUCCAGGACGACAUGGGACAACUCCUCCAGCAACGAGAGGAGCUGGAGAAAAAAUUUGUGGCUUUCAAGAAGGAGCAGGCUGAGUUUCUCCCGAAGAUUGAAGAGACCAAAUGGGAGGUGUGCCAGAAGGCAGGUGAGAUCUCUCUGCUCAAGCAGCAGCUGAAGGACUCCCAAGCUGAUGUCUCCCAGAAGCUCAAUGAGAUCGUGGGACUGCGGUCACAGCUCAAGGAAGGUAAGAACUUCCUCCGGGAGAAAGAGGAGCAGAUCCUGACCCUGAAGGACUCCUACAGCUCCAAGAGCGUCAACCUGGAGAUCUGCGAGGGCGAGCUGCAGAGGAAGAUGAGCGAGGUCCAGGUGCUGAGGGAAAAACUGAACCACUGUGAGCUGGAGGUCUCCGGCCUGAAGCGGACACUUGCCAGCAUGGGACCCGUGGGGUCUUUUGGUGGGGAGCUUGGGGAGAAGCUGCGGGACCCGCUGGCCUGCGAGAGUGAUGAGGCCAAGAUGCAGCGGCAGAGCGAGGACAGUGUGAACACCCUGCGGAGGGAGGUGGAGCGGCUCCAGACGGAGCUGAAGCUAGAGCGGCAGCAGCGGGAGCAGCAGGUGAUGGACUUCGAGGAGGAGAGGCGCACAUGGCAGGAGGAGAAGGAGAAAGUCAUCAAGUAUCAGAAGCAGCUGCAGCUGAACUACGUGGAGAUGUACCAGAAGAACCAGCUCCUGGAGCACAAAGUCAACGAGAUGAACACGAAGACCACCAGCCCCCCGCACACUGAGGAGAAGAAGACAUGGACUCCCUCCAGACUCGAGAGAAUAGAGUCCACCGAGAUCUGA